AUGUCAUCCGCAGACUGCGUGUGUCUCGAGAGCACGGUGCGAGUCGGAGGCAACUGUGAAUGCCGCGAAGGCUACGGCUUUGAGGGCUCGGCGUGCCAGCCGUGUGAGCUCGGUACCUACAAGGAUGUUGCCGGCAACGUGCCGUGCAGACUCUGCCAGAACCUUCGCGACAACACCGGGACGCUCUUUAAGGGCAGCACCUCGCCUGGAGAGUGCCAGUGCCAGGCUGGCUAUAUGGAACUGGAUGGCCGCUGUGUGGCCUGCCCCGCCGGGUUCUUCUGUAACGCAGGGCAGGCCUUCCCUUGUCCCGCAGGUGCCACAAGUGCGGUCGGAGCCGGAAAAGCAGUGGAGGAUUGCCUGUGCCAAGCCGGCUACUACUUCAACAGUUCUGCAAGCCCUUCACCUUGCACGCUGUGCCCACGAGGUUUCUACAAGGAGAAUGUCGGCAAUGAUGCUGCGUGCCCGAAGCAGUGCUCGACAAAUGCCAACAGCGCAAUCGGCUCUACUAGCGCCAUGAACUGCUCCUGCGACAGCGGCUUUUAUGCCGAGGUGGACCCACGACUGCUGGAGAUUGUCCGAUGCAUCGACUGCAACACCGGCGCGCUCGCCAACAUGGACUGCGGCGGUGGCCUCGACGACUUCCGGCUCUACAACCACACAGGACGGCAUGCCCUGCCGGUGGCACAGGAAGGAUUCUUCCAGGCGGGGACGGCCAUCGCCCUAAAGUGCAGAGUGAAGACACCCAACGGCUCCAAUGCCUGCCUUGGAAGCCAGGAAAUUAACGCUCAUUGCUAUCCAAACUGCUCCUGGGCAGAAGACGAGCUCGGCAACCGCUGUGCCGAAGGAUCUGAAGGUUUUCUGUGUUCACGGUGCCCGGCAGGAUGGGCCAGGAACGGCUUGCAAGCGCCGUGUGCGGCGUGUCAGCCCACCGACCUCACGCUGGCAGCCUCCGUCGUGCUCGACGUCUCCGCCAAGGUGGCCGUGCACUUCCUCGUGGCGUCCAUGGCCGCCACGGCCGCCGUGCGAAACAGCGGAAAGCUGCACACCUCCAUGAUUCGGAUGGCAACCCAAUGGAUGUCGGCCUGCUCCGUCAUGGGGGCCUUUGACCUGGACCAACUUCGGAGCUCAAUCUUUGCAGCGUCGAAGCCCUCGGAGGACCGUGACGCUGGGUUCCCAUGGCCGCCCGAGGUGCAGGAGGCCAUGAGGGACUUCAUCGACUUCACCUCGGUCGUGGGCCUCACCGUCUCCGUGCAGUUUGCGCUCCAGUGCUUCGCAGAGCGGCAAUUUCCGGAGAUGCCCGCCAGCAAGGCCAAGAAUCUGGCAGUGGGCUCCUACCUCCUCGCCUUGCCCCUGCUGACGGCCCUGGCCUCGGUGCUGCUGUGUGCCCUGGCGGUCUACCUGGUCGUCCCCUGCGCCAAGCGCCGCGGCGUCACCUUCAACGAGGUGGGCCGGAGGAAGAGAGCCAAAGCCAAGGCUCUGAAGGAGCUGCACCAGAGGCUCGACGCCCCUUUGCAGGGCCUUGGCUUGGCCUGGAGAGAUUUGGAGGACUCCAACAUCCUCCACACGAGCCUGACGGCCUUGCAGGAGACCUUGAGGACCUCGGAGGGCCCCUCCAAGUUCCUGCAGCUGGCCCUUGCAGGUACGCCCCCGCUACUUCUGAAGGCCCUGCAGGGCCGGGCGCGCCUCAGAGGCUUCCACCUCCCCCACGUGGAAGAUGAGGUGCUUGCGACGGUGGCAGACGAGAAGUUGGCCAUGGCCGAGGACUGCGAGAGCCUCCUGGAGCUGGUGCUCCAGUCCUUCGAAGCCCUCCUCCAGCAAUCCACGGAGACGCCCUCGGAGUCCGAAGAGGUGGAGCCCACGUCCAUGACCCCCUGGCUGACAUGCUACGAGACGAUUCACAGCAUCAACCUUGUUGGGGACCUGGACGUGGACGAGGGGAUGGACUGCCUGAACUUCGGACUCUUCCAUGAGAAGCCAAGUCCCUGCAGGCUGGUGCAAGAGAGCAUCCCGGUGAUCUGGAUUGGGCUCAUCUCCAUCUGGCCGAUCCUGCUCUCCGGAUUCCUUCAGCUCCUCUGGUGCGUUCCCAUGGCCGAGAACCAGGGGGACGAGGUCCUUCGCCUGGUUCCGAGCCCAGAUGUCCGCUGUGAGGCGGAGUCCCAGGCCUAUGGGCUCCCAGCCACGCUCGCCACGGCGGGCCUCCUGCUCUGGUGCCUUGGGAUCCCCCUGACGCUCAUGCUGCGGGUGCUGGCCAUCACGGACCGCCAGGCUCCGCACGUCCUCCAGAGGUACGGGUACUUCAUGCAGGGAUAUGAGCCAAAGUUCUGGUACUGGGACCUCUUGGUGAAGCGCCUGGACGUCGCCCUGAUGAUGCUCUUCACCUACACUGCCAUCGUGCCCGACUCGGAAGCCAAGCUGCUGCUCUUUCCGGUCCUCUCCGGCAUUCAGGUCAUUGCAACGGCCUGGCUCAAGCCUUUCAUCAACAACCAGGCAGAGAUCCUCGACAUGCUCGAGGUGGUCCUGGGCACCGUCCGCUUCAUCUUGUUUAGUUCAGUUUCAGCCUUGCUGAUUUUGCAGCCAGGGACAGGGGCCACAUACGUGAUUGCGGUGCUUGUCCUGCUUAUGCUGGUCGUGUCGUUUUCCUUUGUGAGCGUGCACAUCAUGGCCCAAUUUCUGCGGCACGCGGCUGCGCAACACCCGCCCACGGGUACGGGGCUUCUGGCAAGAGUGCGAUCUCUUCAACAUGCGACAUUGCGGUCUAUCGUACCGACGUUUCAAAAAGCAGCAGACGAGAGUGUUGAAAUCGAGUGGUCCUUCGAGGACCACGUGCUAUCGGCUCCCAUGGCUGGCUCCUCUGUGCUGCCUCGCGCCGCAUCCUUUUGGGACUCGAUGCGCUUGAAGGGGUGGAAGGCCCUCCGCAGCGUCCGCGCCGGCGUGCUGCGCUUCCACCCCGCCAAGCAGUACACUGAGAUGAUGAGAGCACAUGAGGAUUUUACAGCGUUUCUGCUGCAGGAACCUGAUGCGUCCGGGGUUCCCUGCGUGCCUUCCGAAAGCCUUAAGAUCCUCUGCGCCCUCGCAACGGCAAGCCGUGAUUUGCCUCACAGAUUGGCGAAGAAGCAAGUGGGCAAGGCCUGGCUCCUUGGAGUCCUCGCUAUCUCGGAGCACGCGGGCCUCAAGAGGACCUGCACCCCGGAAGAGUUGGAGCGCGCGGAAGGCCGAUUGGUCCAGAUGCCCAAGGAGGAUGCCAAGAGGUUGAUCCGCAGCGUAGCCCGAGUUUGCGCGGGGUCCUUCAGAUGCUCCGUGAUGGCGGAGCUGGAGCACGAGGGCUGGGUGCAUCCAGGGGAGCCUGGACAGGCGGCCAACGCAAGUGCGCUUCGGGAGACGCUGCUCUCCGAGUGGGAAGCUGCCGGGGUCACGGAGGACAAGACGACGAAAUCCGUGGAGACAGCGCCGGCAGAAGUCUCGCUUGCUGUGCGGAGCAACGCCAGCUUGGACUCCGACUCUGAGACGCCUCGCCCACAGACUGUCAAGCACGAGGAGUUGGAUGCGAGAGACGAGCAGAUCCAGCGUCUCACGGAGGAGGCGGAGAAGCUGCGACGUGAGCAGCAAGAGCAGACUGAGACUCUCGAGAAGCAGGUGGCUGAGGCGGACGAGCUUCGUACAAAGCUAUGCGAGGCCCUGAAGCAGCUGCAGACACUGCAGCAAGCUCAAGCCAAGGCGUCCCAGCAAGCAGAGCCACAGAUGAGAAUGCCGGCAACGCAGAAGGAGCCGACCUCAGAAAGAGAUUCCUCAAGACCACUUUUGCGAGAUGAUGUGAGACGAAUGGGAUCUCAAUCCCCGAGGACGCACCCUGCUGGCCCCAAGCUCACUCCACGGAAGCAGAUCUGA